AUGCCACUUAACGAAAGCACCUCCCACGGAACGCAACCUCCGCCGUCUUCGUCCAAGACUGGCCAUCCUCUACCUCGACGCACCUCUCCCGCGAACUCAGUCACCCUGCGCCAUCACCGAUUAGCACAAGAUGCAUCAAUCAACGCUGGUCAGGGCUCAGGGCUCGCUAUCAAGCCAACUAAGACAGGAUCACCUCGACGAAACUCAUCGGGUGAUAGUCAUGAGACUGGCCAGAGCGAUCCCAACACAUGGUUUGACCAGUCAAAUCAAAACCCAACGGCAACUUUUGACAGCAACGUUAUGGAAGUUGACCCGCCAUUCUUUCAAAAAGAGUCCGAUUCUUCGAAUGAAGAGAAGAUGUACUACAAUCACCAACUUGCUCCCCCUAAGCUCACCGCGGCACACAGCAGCAGCGCAGACGAUUACAGAAGUGUCAUUGAUGAUCUCACGGUAGAGAUACAAAAGCUGAGGGAAGAGCUUAAGCGAUACAAGAACACCGGUCCCGAUAUGCUCCGAAAGGAGAAGCUCUUCGAAAUCAAGGUUCAUGGGCUGCCAAAGAAGAAGAAGAGAGAGCUGGAGGCGACACUCCGAGAUUUCGCUGCAAGUCUUGAGGGGUCUCCCAACGCGUCAUCAACACAGAAAAAGAAGUCUCGACACGCUACUCGCGAAAAUAUGUAUUCUGGAUCCGGAUCGAAACAUGCGUCAUCAUCUUCAGGAUCCAAUUUUCGCCCGGCCGACUCUGCAUACGCCUCUAUGUCAACCGGCGCCAACUCAGGAACGUCUCUGAGCCGUCCUAGCAUGGGCUCCCAGGCCAAGUCGUCUGAGGCGGUUGAAAGUUACCUCCGUGAUAUCCCCGAAGGGUUGUACCCGAGACACAUGAUUAUGACAGAGAAAGAGAGAAAGAAGCUUGUUGUUCGCCGACUUGAACAAUUAUUCACAGGAAAGAUUGGCGGGCGCCAUGUGGUGAAGAAGCAGCCCGUGUUGCCUAGUGGAAGUUCUGCAGCUCUAGCACCAGUUGUCGCCGAGACACAGCCCACAGUCUCAAAUACGUCAAAUUCUAUCCACGAACCACCAGCCUUACAUACCAGUGGCAAAGAGCCCACGAGAGAAGCUCGAAUCCUCCCCCUUGAGCAGCAAUCUGGUCACUCCGGUAAAAAGAGUCGAUCUGCUGACAAUGCCUCUGCCUCUAAUUCCAAUGGCGACAAUACCGAGUCCGGCGGUAAUGGCAACAGUACAGGGUCAGGCACAAACACUACUCCUCCUAUGGCUACCGUACCCGAACAACGGCCCACACGGCCUCGUGAUUUAGACCCUGACCGUGCUCAGGUUCCAGCCGAGAACAUGGACUAUAUUCGACAUCUAGGCUUGGUACCUCCGGAGCUGCUAGCCGAACAACAUAGCCAGGAUGUACAUCCUGAUGCUGAGGGAUGGGUUUAUCUGAAUUUGUUGUGCAAUUUGGCUCAACUUCACAUGAUUAAUGUGACCCCCGACUUUGUCCGCUCAGCUGUUUCUGGAAUAAGCACAAAAUUUCAGCUGUCGCCUGAUGGCCGAAAGAUUCGAUGGAGAGGUGGAACAGAGGGAACAAGAUUCAGCAGUGACAGCUCUGGAUAUAAUUCUCAAAAGAGUCCAUCUACAGACGAGACUGAGGAUGGAAUGGAAAAUAAGCGCAAGCGUCAGAAAACUGGGCGUUCCACAGGGGACGAGUUCCAGUCUGGGAGCUCAAGCAAGAAUGGCUUGAAGUUUGACCCGCAACUUUGUGCUCCAUCUGAAAGCUUCCAUUACAAGCCCUUGUUCGCUCAGCAGGAUUCAUCGGGUGGUCAAACAUCACUCGAUGAAACCGUUUCUUCUUUUGGUCCUCCAGAGGAAAGUAAUAUUGGUGAAUCGAGGUGGGGUUUGAGCGGCUCAGGAGUCUCCAGCCGUAGGAAGCGCCGCCAUGAUGGUGCUAUCAUCUAUUAUAGCGGUGCUCCAUUUUGCACGGAUCUAUCUGGAGAUCCUGGAGAUAUGUCGCCAACGACGCAGAUGCGCGCUGCUGGUCAGACUCAGACAGACCAAGAUACCUUCAAGAUUCCCCCAUCACCUCUCAGAAGAACAGAUUCUGGUUCUUUCAUCAACUAUCGGCCGUUGACCGAUCGUGGGCUCUUGUCUAGCCAGCAAAGUACAGCGAUGGAUGUCGAUAGUGAAGAUCCACCCAGCCUGACAGACGAUGCCGACGAUUUGAGCGAGGUUGAUCUGGACUUCACGUGGUCUGAUAAUGCACAGUACAUGCAGCACUUCCCCCUUGAGCCUUGCGGCUUGGGAGGAGUUUUACCCGAGGACCAUUUCAUGGUUGUUGUUUCAACCAAGCGACCUAAGCAAGACGAAUUGUCUGCGUUACAAGUCGGUGGUAGAAGGUUUAGUGAAAACACGGAUAGUAUUAUUCGCCGAUUGGCGACUAUGUCAACGUCCUCACCGGAUUUGGGAGCUUCAAAAUCGCUUCCUGCUACGCGCUCUCUUCCCAUUGAGAUCGAAUACAUGUCAGGCCGUAUCAAGCGGCUAGCACCAGUUUCGCUGCCUCCCCCUGCAAUCUUCUUUCCGCCGUUCAGCCCUACCGAGUCAACAGCCGAUGACGAUUAUGAUGAUUCAGACGAUCUCGGCAUGUCUUCGUCCUUAAGGGAUCUUAUUGGCCAACGAACAGCACAACGUCGUUCAGAUGGAUAUCCUGAUGGCGUUGAUCUUAGCAGUGGUGACGAAGAAGGUGAUGAACCUGAUGAUUCACCAAAUCAGAAUAUUUAUGACAUCAAUCGAGACCCAAAGGCGUUGCCAAAUCGGCCCCGGCAAGCCGCACGCCGUACCAGUAGCGCUGCUGCGGCUGCUGGCACUGCUCGGGGCGCAAGCAAGAGCAAUAGCGCCAAUCCGGCGCUUUCACGUGAUGAGACUUCUGUUGAUACUGCUGGAGCGAUCGAAAGUGGUUACAGCAGUAGCAAGGAAAGCGCUUAA